AGGAAUGGAUAUCUGGAGAUGCUGAGAACGUGUUGGAGAUUACAAUCACAUAUGAAAAUUCCUGUUCUUAAUCAAAUGGCACGUCAUCAAAGUUCUCAGAGCAUCAAAUUACCAUCAAGCAGUUAUGUACCACAGACGUCCUUAUCCAGACCCUUGUGGCCAGAAAUGUCCUACAUCAGCCGUGACGAAGAGGAGAGGCAGCACAAAGUGGUUCUAGAAAAUGUGAACACUGUCCUUGCAAAGGAAGACUAUGGAAGACUUUUUGCAGUUGUCCAUUUUGCAAGUCGACAAUGGAAAGUGACAAAUGAGGACCUGAUCCUCAUUGAAAACCGCAUUGAUGCUGAAUGUGGUGACCAGAUUAGACUUGAGAAGGUGCUGCUGGUUGGUGGAGAAGAGUUCACACUGAUUGGGAGGCCCCUACUCGGUUAUUGUGCAACCACAGACAGUGCUUCGGAUCAACACAAUUGAAGUUGCUCCCAGAUUCACAUGAUGCUAUAUGUUUUGAAUUGUAAAUAAACUUUUGGUCUGUGAAUGUGCCACUGAAAUUGAGAACACGUGCUCAGUAUGAAAAUAUAAUGGGAAAACGUAUUUAUUUAUACACAACAUUUGGUAUCUUUAAAGUUAAUCUUUGUAAAUUUACCUUUUUUUAUGUAAGCAGAUGUGCUUAUAUUGUACAUCUACAACAAUCUGUCAAAGGUCAAUUAUUUAUGAAUCUGUUAUGAAAUCGGUGAAAUUCAGGCACAGUUUCUCGCCUAUAUGACAAAUAGCCAUAUGAUAUGUUGCGGAGUUGAGAAACCUAGCUUGAAGACAGAAAAGAAGGAAAACUUGAGGUAUUCCAGUCUGGUCUCAUAGACUAGACAUAACAUAGUAAACGAAAAUCAGAGACAAUGAUUUCACACUUGGUCCCUUUCAGGCAAUUUUUGUGAACUUAGUGUGGUUCGCUUAUUUUUUGUGUGCAGUGUGAACACUCCAAAAGAACUCAGACCCCUCAAAAGAGCCCCCGAAGCGAUCUGAACUGAGACCAUCUCGAGAGGUGGUCUGACUUGGCUUUGCUUGAAUUUGGGGUCUGGUUCACUUUUUUAGGACAAUGUGAACGCCAAGCUCCCCAAGUUCGCUUGUCAUUAUUCCCGCACCACACUGUUUCCCCUGCCAUAAACCCUCAUGUUGGUGUCACAAAAGAGAGAAGAUGAGGAUCUGCAUGUUUGUGGGAAAAACUGCUGUUUUUGGAUAUUGACUAGCGAUUGUCAAUUACUUUUAUUUUUGUUAAGAGUUUUUUUGCUAUAUGUGAUCUAUAGGCUAAGAGACCUUCAUAAGCUGUUUAUUGAUUGUGGAGUUUGAAUAGUGUGAGAAGACAACAUAUUUGGUGAAAAUCACAACAUAGUGUAGGCAAUCUAUUCUAGCUCUUAAAGGGGCAGUAGCCCACCUUGGGUGUACAAUUUUCAAUGACAGCAUUAUUUAUUCUGCAGUUACUCUAUUGCUAUGUAUUCUGUUACCAAUCAAAUGUACAUGUUAAUAGUAUCUUCUGAUUCUAAUGAAUAUGUCUCAUAUUUUAACUAAAUGCAAUCUAUUAGCUUCUAAAAUGUAAGUAGGUAUAUCUAGCUGUCCGAUAACACAUUUGGAUUAAAUGGCUUGUCCUGCACUUUGUAAAAACCCAGAGUACAUGUUGGAAAAUAUCUUGGUUCCUUUCUAAACAUAGCAAUGUGAAUGCAAAGAGGACUCGGCCCACAAAAUAAGUGACAUGAACUGGCAAAAGAUUUGAUUCCUCAUUGAAAGGCAAGGGCAGUGUGAAUAUAAAGAGAACUGACUUAUUUUGUUUUUCUACCCCAGAGUUCACUUUAAAGAGGACUGAGGUCGGUUCUUUUAAAACUCUCUCAAAGUAGUAUGGUAUGAUUAUAUAAGACAGAAUGUUACUGUCUGGGCAGGGUGGACGUCUAGUAACCCAAAUGUUGUGUGUUUGAAUGUCAUCACGAGCAACUUUAGCAUUUUAGCUAAUUAGCAACUACUUAGUAUGUUAGGUUAAAUUGUUAAGGUUAGUUAACCAUACGAAUUCUAAUACGUAACAUAUAAUAAAUGGAUAAUGGACAUCCACAAAUUAAUACAUACCAUACAUAACAUAUACUCAUUUGAGGGCCAGGCUUUUUGUUUACUAUAUUACGUCUACCCCUGAGUCCAGGUUGCUAUUCAGGAGUGCGGGUGCUGGUACAAUCUCGUUGAGCUCGGGGAACGCAUCGAAUAUGAUUUGGAAACUUUUUAUGGUUUUGAAUGUUGAUUUUGAUUACUAAUUUAACAACAUCCAAUGGAUAAAGAAACCAUGUCCACCAAUUUUGGUCUAUCAAGAACUUUGAAAAAGACAGGCAGUUUGUCUUCGAGAACGGUCAGGAUAGUGAUAUUGGGCCAAGCGGCUGUUGGCAAAACUGCAAUGGCUGUGCGAUUUAUCACUAGAAGAUUCAUUGGCGAAUAUGACCCAACGCUCGAGACCAUAUACAGACAUGAGAUGUCUAUUGGUGGUGAUGUGGUACACUUUGAAAUACUGGACACUGCAGGGCAGGAGGAAGAUGCCCUGCUGAUCGAAGAGAAGAUAAAGUGGGGAGAUGGAUUUGUGAUUGUGUACUCUGUAACAGACAGGUGUAGCUUUGACGAGGUCAUGCGCCUCUGUUUCCUCGUCAAUCACAUCCACUCCUCUUCAGGCGCCCGCAAGUGCAGCCCUGAGCCUCCACCCAUAGUUAUUGUGGCCAACAAGAAGGACCUUGAGUUUGACCGAAUGGUGAGCACUGAGGAUGGAGAAGGCCUGUCACAGGGCCUAAAACUGCCCUUCCAUGAGAUUUCAGUGCGUGACGGAUGGGAAGAGACAGCGGCCGUCUUUAGUGUUCUUUAUGGAGAUGUGAUCCAGCAACUUGACACUUCCCCAGCCUCAUUUCGCAGGAGAGCAGUCUCCAAGCUGAUGGAGAAGAUCCCCAGGAUCAACUCCAAUCCUCCUGGCACCCCUGGCCGCAGCUUCAGCUUCAGCUCAUUCAGGGACUUCCUGCCUGACUGAGCCGGAUGGGUUGGGGCUCUGAACAGCGCCUGUGAUUUGGCUAUUCACAGGGGAAAAGUGAAACAUGUUGUUCUGGCAGCGUGCCUCUCUAGAAUAGCUGUGUUAGUGCUCUAUGGAAAGUGAUACACUUGGACACCUGGAUACCUGGAUAAGAGACUUGGACACAUUCGGUCGGAAGAUGGACCUAGCAAUUACUGUAGAAUGUAAUUCUAUAAAUAUUUGUGGGGAUAAGAUUAAAAUCAAGCGUAAUAAGAGUA